AUGAAUCUCUUACUUUCUUUGCACAUUCUUGCCUCCUCUCAACUUUCUGUGGCCUUGGCCCAGGAGUGCCGAAAUACGUUGAAAACAACGUAUACCUCGCCCAUUGCUGCCGGUGGCUGGACAUAUCGUCUAAUCGCGAACGGAUUCACUCGGCCUAGAAGCAUACUUUUCGACAAUCAGGGAGCUCUCCUGGUUGUCGAUGCUAACUCCGGGGUAAAACAUCUGAAGCUGACUGACGAUGGCGGCACUUGCUUAUCUGUGGCCGAGAAACGGACGAUUAUUGAUUCCCCAGAGUUGAACCACGGAAUAGCCCUCUCCCCGGAUGGGAAGACUCUGUAUGCCUCGACCGCCGACAAGGUAUAUUCCUGGUCAUAUGAUGGCAGUGCUGCCACUGUUGGCGAUAGGAAUAGGACACUCAUAGCGAAUAUGAGCAAUACCGACCAUACCACCCGGACAUUACUUCUAUCCAACAAAAGUCCAGGCAUACUCUUGGUGUCGAGAGGAAGCGCGUCCAACAUUGACGAGGCUGCGACCCGCCAGUCGACUGGGCAUUCCCAGCUUCGUGCGUUUGAUAUCGGGAGCCUCGGAGAGAAUUCUGGGCCGCUCAACUUCCCAACUGAGGGAAAGAUGCUAGGCUGGGGAUUGCGGAACUCGGUCGGCGUGGCAGAAGAGCCUGUCACAGGCGGUAUAUGGACAGUGGAGAACUCAGCGGACCAGUUAAGGAGGAACAACGUUGACAUUCACACUGAUAAUCCUGCCGAAGAACUCAACUUCCACGGAUACCUCAGUAAUUCUAACAAGGACCAGGGCGGUAAUUAUGGAUAUCCAAGUUGCUUUGCUGUCUGGUCCACCGAGGGAUUUCCCGAUAAAGGCAACAUGACGACGGGAGAUCAGUUCACUCUCAGCCCAUCACGUACCCUGAACGAUACAACCUGCAAUUCCGCUUAUGUGCCCCCAAGACUAUCUUUCCAGGCGCACACUGCUCCAUUGGAUAUAAAGUUCACGUCCGAUGGCUCAGAAGCCUUUGUAACAUUCCAUGGUAGUUGGAACCGAGACGUGGCUGUCGGUUACAAGCUAUCUAGCAUACGUUUUUCAAAUGGAGAGCCCACAGAGUCGGCUGAUAGCCGGACACCAACCACUGAUGUUCUAAGUAACGCAGACACCAGUAGUUGCCCUGACAACUGCUUUCGCCCGGUAGGACUUGCUUGGGACAGUCAGCAGAGACUUUUCAUGACAUCAGAUUCGACGGGUGAGAUUUUUGUCCUUCAGAGGACCGAUGUCUCAGUCUCGACCAGUUCUCCGGCCGCCCCUGUUCCAACAUCAUCGCCCGACGCUGCAGCAACUUUAGUCCCCUCCUGGCUCACCUCCUUUGGCAGCCUUGCGAUCUCAGUAUUCGUUUUCAUGGGAGGUGCGGGCGUGGUCAGGCUGAUCGUUCUCUGA